UUUCAAUCCUAUACCCUAAAAAAACAUAUUUCUCUCUCUUCUUUUCUCUUUCAUUUCAAUUCAUAUAUUAUUAGAUAGAGUGUCGACAUGGCCGAAGAAGAGCUCGUAAUCGCCAGAGUUUGCGAUCUGUACGAGAAAAUCUCAAAACUCGAUAGCUUGAAACCAUCCAACGAUGUCAACAUGCUCUUCACACAUCUAGUAAACAUGUGCAUUCCUUCAUACCCUAAUCUCGACAUCUCCAAACUCUCCGACCAAGUUCAACAAAUCAGGUCAAACCUAAUUCGCCUUUGCGGCCAAGCCGAAGGACUCCUAGAAUCUCACUAUUCCGCCAUUUUAGGAUCAUUCCAAAACCCUCUUAACCAUCUUUCCCUCUUCCCAUACUUCUCCAAUUACCUCAAACUAAGCCAACUCGAAUUCACCAUUCUCACACAGCACUUCAAUCGUGUUCCAACCCGAGUUGCUUUCAUCGGAUCAGGUCCACUCCCACUCACUUCUCUCGUUCUAGCCACUACCCAUCUCACUAAAACCUCAUUCCACAACUAUGACAUUGAUAAAUCCGCCAAUGACCUGGCGGCUAAGCUAGUCCAAUCAGAUCCGGACAUGUCAUCUCGCAUGUCUUUUCACACCGCUAAUAUCUUGGAUGUGUGUGGGGAACUAGAGGAGUUUGAAGUUGUUUUCUUGGCGGCUCUGGUCGGGAUGGAUAUGGAGGAGAAAGUGAAAGUGAUUGAUCAUCUGGCUAAGCAUAUGGCUCCGGGUGCGACGCUUAUGCUGAGGAGUGCACAUGGAGCCAGGGCGUUUCUGUAUCCGGUGGUGCAGCCGAGUGAUCUUAGAGGAUUUGAGGUUCUGUCGGUGUUUCAUCCAAUGGAUGAGGUUAUUAACUCGGUUGUGAUCGCGCGUAAGUUUCCUGAUGAUCAUCAUGAUCAUGAUGAUGUUGUUGUUGAUGAUCUUCAAGAGCAGGCUGCUGCAUCUUCACUUGCAACUAAUCUGAUAGUUCCUAAUAAGUGCUGCUGCGAACAGAUGAGGGGUACUUAUAAUCAUCUGGGUCAGAUGAAGAUUAAUAAUAUACUGGAGGAAUUAGCUAUGGAGGAGCAUAUAGCAUGAUGAUUGAUUGAUGAUUGAUGAAGAAGAUGAUGAUAUAUGUGUGAUCAUGAUCGGAGGAGGAGGAGGAGGACCUGUCUUUGUUAGUUUUUCUCUCUAAAUUAUUGACUGUGUUUCAUGAUAUUACUUACAAGGUUUUGUCUUAUAAUGUGCUAUGGUAAUGGUAUUGGUAUCCCCAAGAAAAAAUAAAACAGACUCAUCCUUGAAC